AUGGCCGCGAAAUCAGACGGUACAGCCGUUUCUGUGCAGAAUGACAUUCCGCCAACGUGCCUCCCCGGUCUGGAGAAACGCUCGCAGCAGUGCCGUCCCGUCGGGAAGGAGUAUUCCCUCCUGGACUGCUGCUGGACCCUCUGCGCCCUCUUGGUCUUUUUUUCGGACGGGGCUUCAGACCUGUGGCUGUCUGCCGACUACUAUCUCAGGCGGGACUACUGGUGGUUCGCAUUGACACUCGUUUUCAUCAUAUUUCCGUCUACAGUGGUGCAGGUGCUCAGUUUCCGAUGGUUCGCGUUCGAUUACUUGGAUUCAAAUGGAAGCGGCACGGCUGCGGCUGCUAUGGUGGCGGCGUCCAAUGCGGAGAGCCAGUUCAGCACCAAGGACAGCGAUCAGCAGGGCGCUGGCCGCUCUUCUGUGGUCUCCGGAACCCGGAGCAGCGCUCAGACCUGCUGCAGAGCCUGUGUGUGGCUCAUCCAAAGCAUCGUGCACAUUUUUCAGCUGGCACAGGUCUGGAGAUAUGUCCAUGCUUUAUAUCUGGGCGUGCAAAGCCGCUGGCGUGGGGACCAUGAACACAGACACUUUUACUGGCGUAUGAUGUUCGAGAAUGCUGACAUCAGCAUGCUGAGGCUGCUGGAGACCUUCCUGAAGAGUGCCCCACAGCUUGUUCUGCAACUCAGCAUAAUGAUCCAGACCAGUCAGGUCUUUCCUUUGCAGGGUCUGUCUGCAUCUGCCUCUCUGGUGUCUCUGGGCUGGAUGAUGGCGUCUUAUCAGAAGGCAUUACGGGACUCUCGUGACGACAAGCUUCCCAUGUCGUAUAAAGCCAUGGUGGUGCACAUGCUGUGGCACCUGUUCACUGUAGGAGCACGUGCGAUGGCCUUUGCCCUCUUUGCCUCCAUCUUCCAGCUCUACUUUGGGAUUUUUAUCGUGGCACACUGGUGCGCCAUGACUUUCUGGAUCAUCCAGGGUGAGACGGACUUCUGUAUGUCUAAGUGGGAGGAGAUAAUCUACAACAUGAUGGUGGGUGUUGUGUACAUAUUUUGCUGGUUCAGUGUCCGUGAGGGCCCCACGCGCUACCGUCUGCUCCUUUACAGCCUCAUAGUGCUGGUUGAAAAUGUGGCCCUCACUGCCGUGUGGUAUAUUUACCGCAGUCCACGCACCUCAGACUUUUAUGCUGUGGUGGUUGUUUGCGUGGUGGCCUGUAGCUACGCCCUGGGGACAUUUUUUAUGUUUGUCUACUACAGCCUAUUGCACCCAGAUGGCCCUGUGUCUGGGGCCUAUAUUGGAUUUUGUGGGGUGCAGGUGGGUGCUGUUUCAGACACUUGUAUCUCUUCACCCACCUCAGCACCUCCUCUGGAUGCAGUGAGCAGCCCUCCUCGGACACUGCAGAGGACUAAAGGAGGAGAGUCAGUAUUGGGAGGAGAUGGUGGAGAUGUGUUUAAAGUGCGGCCUGUUGCGGGACCACGAACCCAAGCAACUAACCUCACCCCAAGGACAGAGGGCCCGGUAAUUCGCAUCGACCUACCCAGGAAGCAGUACCCAGCCUGGGACGCCCACUUCAUUGAUCGCAGACUGCGAAAGACGAUUUUGGUGCUGGAGAGUGCAGCUCCAGUCACACCAAAGAUUCAGUAUCGCUGUCUAGGCACACCCAAGGAAGUGAUGGAGUAUGAGACAACAGUCUGAACACUGGGGACUCUCAGUUCGAUAAGCUGUUUACCCUCUUCAAGUAUAGGAUGUAAAGCACAAGCAUGGAGAGUCUGUCCUCUCCAGCUUUAUUUGGUGGAGUUGUAGUAGAUGUAUAGUAAAUGAGGCGUUGGAGGGGAAAACGUUGAGCCUGUCAGAUCUCCACAUGACAAUUUAUUGAGCCUUUUCAUGUGUGGAGGCAUGUGGCGUGAUGUGCUAGUGUCUAAAAAAGGGCCACCAUACGGUGACAUUAGCCAUUACUACAGGUUAUUGUGUCAGAAGGUUAGGAGGUUACGCAGGAGAUCAUUCAACAGGCAGUUUCGAGCAAAUUUAUGAAAGACCCCUAGACACAGAGACCAUGUUAACAAUGUAUGAUCAUCAAAACAACAUAUCUCUGUGGUCCAUUGACAGUGAUGGUGCUCAAACACGUCCUAAUAAGGUAAAAACCAUUUCAAGCCACUUGUGGCAGCUGCCCUAAACAGCAAUUACUGAAUCCAGUCACUUGUAAUUUAUUGGGUUCUGCGGUUGUGAUACUGUAAGUACAAAUACAAUGGUAAGAUGUCUUGUUAAAGGCCUUAAUCAAAUUACUUACAUUUGGAAAUUCAGCAUCUGAAAGGUGAAUUCCACCAAUCUUCAACAGCUAUUAGCUUUACAACAUUUAGUGAAUAAAAAAUUCAUUUAAAAAAUCUAUCGUUAAUAUUCUGAAAAUAUUUAUUGAUGAGAUAACACGAACAGGCAUUUUUAAGCACAAAUGACAUUACCUUAAAGGACAAGGGCAGUCACAAGAUGUUUAUUCUAAAAACUCUUUGCUUUGUAAGAAAAAACGUGUUUUGAGUUUUCAAAAACAAAAAUCAAGGUCACUUUUCAGUGGACAUUUCUGCUCACUUUCAAGGAAACACAUAUCACUGUAAAAUGCUUUUUCAGUUUUUCCAAAUGUUCUUAAAGGACAUUUGUAUCAAGUACUGAGUCUGGUGCUGAAAAGUGACUGAAUGCACCUUUAAAAAGGAUUGAAUGAUGUUUUAUCUCAAGGACAGAGAAUCCUGAUCAAACUGGUUUAUUUUAUGCCUGUAAUAUGGAAGUAAAUAUGGUAAUACAACAGUAUUUCAAACAAGCUAACAAACAUGAGUUUAAAUUAUGAGCUGGCUUAUUAUGUGAAGUUUAAAGGGAAGAAAAAACAUAUAGCAUAUGUAUACAUAUAAUUCAUAAAACGUUAUCAGCGUUAUGAUUAUGCUGUUUCAUGUUAUUUACACAAUCUGGGGCAAUAAUAAUUUCUGAAUUGUGAAUUAGAGAUUUCAUGCAUAUGAACAAAUCCAUGCAGUAUCUUCUGUCUCUUUAUCUAUUCUGUUUUUCAUUUACAUUAAUAACUUUUUUGUGUCUUUUUGUGGUUAUUUCUCACAUCAGUACAGCUUUAAGUCUACUGUUUCAUGUGAGAUGUGACAGUUUAAUAUACCAACUGAUUACAGAUGAUGAAAUUGUAUAGGUAUUUUAACUGGUCAAAACUAUUAUUAUUAUUAUUUUAUUUUUCUUUCUUUCUUUCUAGUCUUUCUUUCUUUCCUACUUUCUCUUUCUAUUAUUUAUUUCUCUUUCUUUCUUUCAGAAAAUCAGUAACACCGGUGUACAACUCAAAUGACUAAGCACAUUUUUUGCAUUAACUGAUUAUUGGGCUGGUGGAUGGAAAGAGAAGUUGAUUACUGGUAAUCGUUUGGUUUGUGCUAUGCUGACUGUUAUCAUGUUAUUGCUAAGUCCAUUGUAUCAGAAACCUUUUCACUUUUUGGCAUAACCAUUAUGUAUAUGUCCAUUUUGUAAUGUGUUACCAUGUUGGUGCUAGCUGGGACACUUCAGCACAGCUUGUGUAUGUUCACUCUGAAUAAUGCUGGAUUUGACUGUAGACACGCUAAAAGACGUCGCCUUACACUGUAUAGUCGACUGAUGCUGUCGACUAUAAAAGGA